AGGUUAUAGGCUGUUGUUCCUUUUUGUUUGAAUUUCCUCGGGAAACAAACAGAAUUAUUGACCAGUAAAAAAAGAGAAAAGAUGAUGAUACUGCAACCAGUUCCAUCCUCAGCUGCAACAGUGGCAGUCGACAAGGCAACCAGCGAACUUCUAAACACUCCCGAUUGGACUCUCAACAUUAAUAUUUGUGAUUCUCUUAAUUCUAAUCCCAGGCAAAGAAAGGAUUUUUUAAAGGCAGUGAAAAGAAGGUUGCAACACAGGAAUUAUAAAGUGCAAUUACUUGCUCUGACGCUUUUGGAGACAAUGGUGAAGAAUUGUGGAGACUUUGUCCAUUAUCAGAUUGAUGAGAGAGAAGUACUGCGGGAUAUGAUCAAAAUGGUGAAAAAGAAGGCAGAUACGAGAGUGAGGGAUAAAAUAUUGGGAUUGUUAGAGUCAUGGCAGGAGGAAUUCGGCGGUCGUACGGGUGAACAUCCUCAGUACUAUUGGGCAUGUCAAGACCUAAAGCGUUCAGGCGUAUCAUUUCCCGAGUCGUCACCAAAUGCGGUCCCUAUCAUUGCACCACUGGCUAAGCGUCAUCCUGCUUAUGGAACGCCAAGCAAUUCUUCUGAAAGGGUUGACGAAACUCACAUUGGAAAUUUAAGUUUGUCAAGCUUGGACUCUAUGAAGGAUGCUAUGUAUCUCUUAGGUGACAUGCUGCAGGCUGUAAACCCUAGGGACCAUUCGGCAGUGAAAGAUGAAGUUAUAGUUGAUCUUGUCAACCAAUGUCGUUCUAACCAAAAAAAGCUAAUGCAGAUGCUUACAAAUACCGGGGAUGAGAAGCUAUUAGCUCGGGGCCUUGAGCUAAAUGAUGGACUGCAAAGCUUACUUGCGAAACAUGAUGCCAUAUGUUCAGGUUCUCCAUUGACAAUUCAAGUUACUACUAGUGUAAGCUCCAAGCCAACUGAAGCAAUUACAAUCGAAAAAUCAAAUGAGGCAAAGAAUUCAUGCCCGCCGUUGAAUAUCUGUCAACCUGCAAGUGUUGCUGUUGUGACAAGAAGCCUGAUCGAAGAAGACGAAGAAGAUUUUGCACAGCUAACUAGAAGGUUUCAUAUUCUAACCUCUAUUCCAUCGUACAGACUAGGUGUGUCUGAAUAUGUGUCGAAUACGAGUGUCGCUCGGUUCUCGAUCGGUUAA